UCAAUAAUCACCAGUAAUCACUUUAAUCACUUUAUUCGUACACCCUUAUUAUAUUCCAGAUUGAACUUAUUUCGUACACCCUUAUUAUAUCCCAAAGCAGCCAAAAAGCAACCACAACGCAAGAAACCCCUCUUCGAUCCAAUCUUACAUUUUGUAAUCCCAAUAUAAAAAAAAAUAUUUUCUUGAUUUUUUAAGUGAUAAUCUGGGUUUUAAGCCCUUUUACUACACUCUUCCAUCAGCUAAAUAGGCAGCAAGCGCAAGCAUUUGGUUGGUUUCAAAGAUCUCGACUGCACUAUCUUUUUCAGAGAGAGCAGUGAGAAAGUGGUGAAGACAAUGAAGUUGAACUGGAAUCUAUGGUUUAAUCACAAGCACAAGCAUUUGGUGGUGAAGUUUGUAGUUGCAAUUCUCUUCAUGGGUAUUGCUCUUCGUCUCUUUAUUUCUACCUCUACUGGGGAUUUUUCACCCAGAAUAGAAGAAACCCCUUUUCCUGAGAAAACUGUCGCUGCCGAGCAACCAAUCUCUGUACAAGUUCCCCCAGAUGAACCAAUCUCUGUAAAAGUUCCACAAGAUGAACCAAUCGCUGUACGAUUUCCACAAGAUGAAGAUCAGGAUCAGAUACCUUUACCCAGAAAAGAAACUCCUUUUCCUGAGAAAACUGUGGUUUCAGAGCCACCGAUUUCUGCAGAAGUUCCAGAAAAUGAUCAGGAUCAGAUACCUCCCCUCCAAGAAAAGUGUGAUCUUUUCACUGGGGAUUGGGUUCCAAAUACUUCAGGUCCAGGUUACAAUGAGAGCUGCCCCAUUAUUGAAAAUCCUCAGAAUUGUAUAAGGAAUGGGCGGCCUGAUACAGGGUAUCUAUACUGGAGGUGGAAUCCGCGAGAUUGUGAAAUACCAAAAUUUGAUCCAGAGAGAUUCCUUGAAAUGAUGAGGAAUAAAGCAUGGGCAUUGAUUGGUGAUUCGAUAUCUCGCAACCAUGUCCAAUCAUUGCUGUGCAUGCUCUCUACGGUUGAACGAGCAGUUCAAGUGUACCAUGACAAGGAUUAUAGGUCCCGAAGAUGGCACUUUCCAUCUUACAAUUUCAGUGUCUCAGUUAUUUGGUCCCCUUUUCUUGCCAAAGCUGCUAUUUUUGAAGACUAUAAUGGUGUGGCAACAUCUGAAGUUGAGCUGCAUCUUGACAAGCUUGAUAGGACAUGGGUGGAUCAAUACCACAGUUGGGACUACAUGGUAAUUUCAACAGGGAAAUGGUUUCUCAAAACUGCAAUCUACUAUGAGAACAAUGAAGUGCUGGGAUGCCAUUACUGUCCUAAAAGGAACCUAACAGAGUUAGGGUUUGAUUUUUCUUAUCGCAAAGUGCUGAGUUUUGUGAUGGACUAUAUAGUAACGUCUGAUUACAAGGGCAUGAUCUUUUUCAGAACGUCCACGCCUGAUCACUUUGAGAAUGGGGAGUGGUUUAAUGGGGGACAUUGCAAGAGAACAGCCCCAGUUAAAGAAGGUGAGGUUGAACUGAAGGAGGUACAUAAGAUUCUGCGUAGAAUAGAACUAGAGGUGUUUGAGAAGGCAGCUGCAGAAGCUUCUAAAAGUGGGGUGAAUCUCAAACUCCUUGACCUUGUCCCACUUUCUAUGAUGAGGCCUGAUGGGCAUCCAGGUCCAUAUAGACAUUAUCAUCCAUUUGACCAUGACAAAAACGCAAAGGUUCAGACUGAUUGUUUGCAUUGGUGCUUACCAGGGCCAAUAGACUCUUGGAAUGAUAUAUUAAUGGAGAUGGUGGUAAAUGGCUGAGAACAUCAGCUUAGGUUGGUGCCUGAAUUCUUAUUUUGUUACCCCUUCUAGAUCAUGAGAGCAUAUAUAUUGGAUCCUGGUAAAGUUUCUUGCAGAAGUUUCUGAUGACUCAUAUUCCUUUUAUGCCUUGUCUAUACUACAAUUCUUCAUUCUUCUCCAGAAAAAUCGGUCAUCUUUGCCUCGACUGCACCCUUACCAGUGUCAACUGGCCUGUCAUUGACAUCCUCAUACGUACUUACAACGAAUAGAAUACUGCAAAAAGAUCAUCAUGUCGUAUGAACUGUUAUCUCCGUCGUCCAGGUGCAUAGCUGUAGUGGAAGAGCAGUUACCUCCACAUUCGCACUGAGAAUUUGACUCUCCCCUCCCCUCCCUAGACUUUCAGCCACUUUGGACCUUUGAGCAAAAAAGGACUGUAACCUCUGUCACUAUUACAAGCUGUAAACUUCAAAUUUUUAUAAUCUUAAUUCAGAAAUCUGUUCUUUUCA